UGGGGCUUUGGUUAUGUGUACAAGUAAUGGUGGGUUGCUUAUCAAGAUACUGAAAAGGACAGCUGUGUUUGAAGAGAGGGAUCUUUCAGGGGGACCCCCUGCUGCUCAAAAUGUGAAAUUAAACGUGCCCAAGAAAACCAAAUUGUUUGUAGACCAAACAAUGAGGGAAAGGGAAAGUGCAGUCACAAUGCACAGGACAUUCCAGAGGGACCUGUAUUUGUUGAGAUUGAAUACAGCGCGGGAGUACGCCAAGGCCUUGAAUAAUGCAAUGAAUCCUAUCUCUACAGAUCCCAUGGAUCCCCUAAAACUAUCUGCACAGGUUCAAGGAAUAGGGCCCACAUUUAAACUGACAGUCAACCUUCAAAACACAUCAUUAAGUCAAGCAUCUACCAAUCUCCACAUUACAUUUGACUAUGAUGAUAAACUUUACAGUUUCCGCAGGACAUAUAUACCUGUUCCAAUGUUAGUUCCAGGACUCAAUUAUACCUUUGAGACUUACAUAGAAUGCCUGAAUGAUAAAGGUGUUUCAGACACUGUUAAGGUGUAUGUAUUGAAGGAGAACAAAAGUGUUCCUAUUAUUACAGGAGUUAUCAGUAUGCCAGUCAGUGAGACAUUGGUUGUUGUGUAACAUCAGUUUGAAACUUAAAAAAGCUUAGAUUUGUGUCAACAGACAUCAUCAUAACUUUGGUAUUCCUAAAAACAAUAUUUGAAGUGGCAAAUAUUAAUUAGUGAAGUAGUACAUGCCUUUAUUUUCAUGUUGAAAAAGUGUAUUUAAUAGUAAUUAUUGUCUUAAGUAUACAAAAUAACAUGAUAAAGGCAUGGAUGUCCACAUUAUUUCUCUUAACUGUGUAAAAUUUUCAUCAACAUCUCAUUUUCUUUUGAAUAGAAAAGUGAGUCAUUUUGUCAAUUUUACUUUCCAAAAUGCAUCCUGCCUGAGUUUUCUUUUCAUUUCUGAUGAAUAAAAGAACAAUUCUUGAUGUGAUAUUUUUUAGUUAAUCAUUGAGAAACUAAUCUAUGUGCAUUUUCUAUUUUAUAAUGUGUUUGUUGUGAACAAAUCUCACCGAUGGGAUUUCCCCUAUACAUCACAGAUUUCAAUACAUAAUUGUGUACAAGACAUUUUGUGGAAUAAACUUACCUUUAUACAUGUUAUACCUAACAUUAUUUGUGUAAUAGACUCGUAAUUCUAGCCUCAACUGUAAUCAUCAGAUCAAACAUGUAUGAAACAUGAAACACAUUUUAUGUACUAGUAUGUUUGUAUAUGUUAAAGAUUUACUGUAGUUGUGAGAAUUUCCGUCCGUCUUUAUUUAUUGAAUGUGAUUUAUAUUGAAGAAUAAAAAGAUACACUUA